GUAGCGCUGCACGACCAAAGGCAACUGGGGGCAGACUGCCUUUACUCCCGCCCGUGUCCCGUGCUGCGCUGCGCCCUCUUGUCUUUCGCCGGCCUCCCCGCGCCGCUGUUAAUGGAAACGGCGCGGCGUUUCCUUCCCACUGCCCCCCUCCCCUCCUCCUCCUCCUCCUCCUCCUCCUCCUCCUCUCGCCUGGUCGCUUCUUUCCUACGACUCGCAGCUUCGCCGUCGCCGCUCUUCUUCUCCUUCCCCUACAGAUAAAGCGGGUGGCUGGCUUGGAAGCCUUGCGGUGGAGACGGCGGUCUCGGAUCCAACGGAGGCACCCAGAUUUGCUGCCAUGGCGAGGUGGGCGGAGAUGGUGGAGGACGACGACGACGACGAGUACGCUAAGCUGGUCAGAAGGAUGAACCCACCAAGAGUGGUCAUCGACAAUGACGCGUGUGACAACGCAACUGUCAUCCGGGUUGAUAGGGUCAAGAAGCAUGGCAUUUUACUGGAAGCAGUUCAAGUCCUUGUCGAUCUCAACCUCGUCAUCACCAAGGCAUACAUUUCUUCGGACGGCAAUUGGUUCAUGGAUGUGUUCAAUGUGACCGAUCAGGACGGGAGUAAGCUUCAGAACAGGGAGGUCAUUGACCAUAUUCAGAAAGUAAGCAUGCUGCAUUUACUGCUAACCUCUGAUGUUUCUACAAGACGCCUUACCCCUUGUGCCCUUCAACAGUGCCUGGAAUCAGACGGCUACCUGCCUCCUCCGGCAAACGGCGGCUUUGUGCCACCGGAAGACCAGUUCACCUCCAUUGAGCUGACCGGCGCGGACCGCCCGGGCCUCCUCUCGGAGGUGUGUGCAGUGCUCGCCGCCCUGAGCUGCAACAUCGUGAAGGCCGAGGUGUGGACGCAUGACAGGCGCGCCGCCGCCGUGAUCCAGAUCACCGACGAGGCCACAGGGCUCGCCAUCCACGACGUGGGCCGGCUGUCCAGGGCGCAGGAGCUUCUCAGCAACUUGAUGCAGAGCGACGGCAGGUGCAACCGCGGCGCCACGGGCGUGUCCGUGGGCACCGCACGCACGGAGAGGCGCCUGCACAAGAUGAUGCUGGAUGACCGCGUCGGCGGUGGCGAGGAGGCUGUUGGUGGUGGCGAGGAGAGGGGCGGCUGUGGCAAGGCUAGGCACAAGGCUGCCAAGGUGGUGGUGAUGGACUGCACGGAGAGGCAGUACACGGUGGUGAUCCUGCGGUGCAGGGACCGGCCGAAGCUGCUCUUCGACACGCUGUGCGCGCUCAACGACCUGCAGUACGUCGUGUUCCACGGCACGGUCGACGCCGAGGGUGCCAGCAAGGAGGCCUACCAAGAGUACUACAUCCGGCACGUCGACGGCCACCCGGUGCGCGCCGACGCCGAGCGGACCCGCCUCGUCCGGUGCCUGGAGGCCGCCGUCGAGAGGCGCGCGUCCAACGGGCUGGAGCUUGAGCUGGAGGUGAGGACGGAGGACAGGGUGGGCCUGCUGUCGGAGAUCACGCGCGUGUUCCGGGAGAACAGCCUCUCCAUCAUCCGGGCGGCGAUCACGACCAAGGACGGCAAGGCGGAGGACACGUUCUACGUGUCGGACACGUACGGCAACCCCGUCGACGGCAGGACCAUAGACGCGGUGGGCGAGCAGCUCGGGCACGCCGUGCUGAGGGUGAAGCGCCGCGGCCACGACGCGUCGGUCAAGCACGAGGCCGAGGGCGGCGCAGUGUCCGUCCUGGGCAGCCUGCUCAAGGGCUCCUUCCAGGGUCUCAGGCUCAUCAGAUCCUACUCAUAAACCGUAAUCCAAGAAGUCUGACUAGUUACACAAGAUCUGGGCAUUGUACAUAGCUUUGAUUAGUUACACAAGACCUGGGCAUGGGCAUUGUACAUAAUAACUCUGAUUAGUUACACAAGACCUGGCCAUUGUACAUAUAUAAAUCUGAUGUAGGUUAGGAAAUAGUGCAGCAGCAGAACAUGGUUCCUGCUUUGUGCAUUUGCAGUCAAUCACAUACCAUUACAAGUGCAACA